CGGCUCUCGGGGCGGCGCCUGGCUCCGGCGGCCUGGGCACGGCGGGGAGCGUGAAUGAGAGUUUGCUCCGAUUUCCGAGCCGGAGACUCCAACCGUCAUGUUAAGGUAAAGCAGAAAAGUGCAGUGCUGAACAUGCUAAAGAAGUUGGACAAAAUAAGGUUCAGAGGUCACAAGAGAGAUGAGUUCCUUGAUUUAGCAGAGUCUCCAAAUGCUUCUGACACUGAAUGUGGAGAUGAAAUCCCAGUGAAAAUACCUCGAACAUCACCCCGAGACAAUGAAGAGCUGAGAGACCCUGCUGGUCCAGGGACCAUCAUCAUGGCUUCAGGAGUCCAGGAUUUUAACAGAACGGAGUCUGACAGACUGAAUGAAAUCAAAGGUCACCUGGAAAUAGCCUUACUGGAAAAACACUUUUUGCAGGAGGAACUCAGGAAGCUGAGAGAAGAAACGAAUGCUGAAACAUUAAGGCAAGAACUAGAAAAGGAACGACAGAGGAGGCUAGAACUAGAACAAAAAGUCAAUGAAGUACUUAAAGCAAGAGCUGAAGAUGUAUCUGCAGCUCAACAACCUGCAAAGCCACAGACACAGGCCAAUGGAGCAGAUAAACGUAGUCACACAGUAUGUUCAAGACUCCAGAAGUGGUUUUGUGACAAAUUUGGGGAGUAUGUUGAGGACUUCAGAUUUCAACCAGAGGAGAACACAGUGGAAACAGAGGAGCCACUUAGUGCUAGAAGAUUGACUGAAAAUAUGAGAAGAUUAAAGAGAGGUGCCAAACCCGUUACUAAUUUUGUGAAGAACCUUUCUGCCUUAUCAGACUGGUAUUCUAUCUACACUUCUGCUAUUGCCUUUAUUAUUUACAUGAAUGCUGUAUGGCAUGGCUGGGCCAUUCCUAUGUUCUUAUUUUUAGCAAUUUUGAGGUUGUCCCUAAAUUACCUCAUAGCCAGGGGUUGGAGAAUACAGUGGAGUAUUGUGCCUGAAGUUUCUGAACCUGUGGAACCUCCAAAAGAGGAUCUGACGGUGUCUGAAAAGUUUCAGCUUGUUCUAGAUGUGGCUCAGAAGGCGCAGAAUCUUUUUGGGAAGAUGGCAGACAUACUGGAAAAAAUUAAAAACUUGUUCAUGUGGGUCCAACCAGAAAUAACACAGAAGCUCUACAUCGUUCUAUGGGCAGCUUUUAUUGCAUCCUGCUUUUUGCCCUACAGGAUUAUUGGACUUGCAAUGGGACUCUAUGCUGGAAUCAAGUUUUUCCUUAUUGAUUUCAUCUUCAAACGAUGCCCCAGACUAAGAGCUAAGUAUGAUACUCCUUAUAUCAUCUGGACAAGUCUCCCAACAGAUCCUCAACUCAAAGAAAGAUCUAAUGCUACAGUGUCGAGACGACUUCAAACAGCAGCGUCCAGAAGUUACGUGGGCUCAAAUGCCCCAACUGGAAUAAACAAAGAUGAAGACACGAGUCGCUUCCAUACCACCAAGAGGGGGAAUUUCCAUGAAGUUUUUAACCUGUCAGAAAAUGAGCGUCCUUUGGCAGUGUGUGAAAAUGGCUGGCGUUGUUGCUUGAUCAAUAGAGAUAGGAAGAUGCCUACAGACUACAUCAGAAAUGGAAUUCUUUACGUCACAGAAAAUUACUUGUGCUUUGAAAGCUCCAAAUCAGGCUCAUCUAAAAGAAAUAAAGUUAUAAAGCUAACGGAUAUAACAGAUAUUCAGAAGUAUAAAGUGCUCUCUGUUCUCCCGGGAUCAGGGAUGGGUAUUGCCGUAUCAACACCAUCUACACAAAAACCUUUGGUGUUUGGUGCUAUGGUACACAGAGAUGAAGCUUUUGAGACGAUUUUCAACCAGUAUGUGAAAAUAACCUCUGCAUCAUCGAACAGUGAGAGCUAGUAUCUUAUCUUAGAAAACCUAAAGGAAACUUUCUUAUUUUACAAUUUGGUAGUGAAAAAAAAUAAUGAACAUCCUCAUCUAUUUUGCAAUAAUUUUUCUUGUCUGGUGGUUUAUAUUCUAUCUGUUACAUAAAUCAAGUGUAUUUUAUAUAUGCCUUCAUGUUUGUUUUUAAGGUUUUUGUAAAAAAAAAAAAAUUGUAAAAAACCCACAAAAAAAAAAAAAUAACAAAAUGAAGCAAAACAGUGGAAGUGCUAUCAUCACUAUUAGCCUUGUACAUUAAGCACUUUUAAUGUUUAUUUACUGACAUGAGUAGCUCAAAAGACACUAGAAAAAGUGACUGAGUAAUGGACUGAAACAGACUGAUCCCUUUUAACUGCACUUAUAUCACUGGGGAUAUGUUGGACCCAUUAUCUCAGUUAUUUUUUCCCCAAGAUGUGAGAAUAGCAACUGCAAUAUCCUGAAGUCUGUUUCUUCAGCUUUAAGUUUUUAAUUGGGUUCUGUGUUAAAACUGGUGGCCAACACCAAGGAAGUAUUAUCAUCUUAGUAUUUCCAUAUUUGUAACUGCACUUAAAAUAACUCCUCCUUGCUAAAUCUUACAUCGAAGAAGGUUGUUUACCAGUUGGCUUAGGAUCAGUUUUUUCUGCUUACAGAGAUUUAAAUUGUUUGUACAGUGAAUUGGAGGAAAACAUUUCUAGCUAUAUCUUCCUUUCCUGAUUAACCAAAGCAAGAGGAAGGGAGGCAGGCAGAUACUUUUUAUAAAAGAGGGCAUCAAAACGUUGUUCCUAAAAUGUUAGGCUUCGUAUAUUUGUAUUUCUGUAGAUAGUUGUCAUAGAAGGGCUCAGCUGUUGUACAUGUUGUAUGUACAAGGUGUUUGUAUGUUAUUGCAUAAAAGACUUGUGAGCUUUUUGUGUUGGGGAGCUGGGAGUAGUUAAACUAAACUGGCUGUUUUUUAAUUUGGCUUUUCUCUAGAGUUACCUUAUAAUAACACUACGAGACAGCAACUGAAAGCACUAUUUCCUUCUCAAAACGUCAUUUGAGGGGCAUUGCAAUGUCACUGUGUUUCCACUUGUAAAAUUAAAUUUUAGUAACGGUUAAACCCAAUUGCCAGGUAAAACAGGAAGGCUGUGCUCCUUCUCUAAACUCUCUCAGGCCUUUCUGGCAGCAAAGCACAUAUUGAUCUUCAACUUUAAUACAGAAAACUUUUAUAUUCUAUACAAUAGCACCCAUCUGAGAGGUUUAGAAUUCUAUUUGCAUUUUUCUUGAAGCACAGUAGGAGUUACACUAAGCCUUCCAGUUUGUCUGUUCUUCUCUGUUUCUUUUGACUUGAGUAGUGCGAUGUCUCCAGGUGUUAUAUGGAGAACCCCAAAAAACGAAUGGAAAUGCAAAUUCUUAUAUAAAAAAUAGGACUUAGUUUCACAGGCUUUUUUUUAACAGGGAUUUUUCUCUCUUUGGGGAAAAAGAUAGAAUGAAGGAGUGGCAGAGCCAAACACCAAAGGAUCUUUAACACUUAGCACAGUUUUUACUUAAAGUAACUAAAUGCAGCAGUACUGAAGGAGGCAGUUAAACUGUACAGAACUAUUUCAGUCUGGCUGUGAAGAGGUAUGAUGCAAAGAACUUAAAGUGCACCUGAUAUGAAGAAAUACUGUCGAAUACUGUGAUUUGGUUGGGUGUUGUGAAGUAAAACACUGACUGUGGUAAAGUGCCAUGCCCUGGAUGGAACUGUGAACAGGAGCAGGAGAGAAUCCAUAAGGGCUGGGAUGUCAUUUUGGAGAUCUCUUGAACUUUGCAACCAGGAAAAGGGGUGCAUUUCUAAUGCUGCCCAUGUGUGUACAUCAGGACCUGAAAACUUAACAUGUAAGUGAGGUUGGGUGGGCAUUCUAACAUGGAUGUAGCUUGGCAGUUCAUGCUUUCUUCGCUUGACAUACUCAGGUUUUAUGUUUAAAUUCCUUGAACUUAAUUUUCUUCUUCAGACCUGCUUCAAAAUCAAUUAAUCUUUUUGUGAUUGUUUUGUAUUAUUAUCUGACUUUCCUUCCUAGAAGCUUCCCUGAAUAGUGAGUGUGGCUAAUAGGCAUUAAAAUCGCUUAAUGUUAUGUAAAUCUUAACCAGAUUCAUUCAUUUUGUCUUAAGGAAGAAAUCCCUUGGGUAUGUUUAAAGCUAUUGUUUGGUUUUUGUUUUUUUUUUUUUUGAAGAAACAGAAAACUAUAUUUUUUACAGAGAGCAUGCUCUUUUUCUUAUUUUUGUAUCAUUUUUUCAAGUGUAAUUUAUACCUUCACUCUGAUCAUAACAGCAGUUUCAGUAGGAAAUCAGUUGACUGACACUUGUUACUUCCCCCACACCCCCAUUGCUGGUUGACCCUGGUUUAUGGGGUUGUCCUGGAUUCUGGUUCCUGAAGGAGCUGUAGGUCCUGUGCUUGUGGUGCCAGGGUGGUUCACCGUACCUAGGCUUCAGAGCAGGAGAAAAGAGGUCACAAUCCUUUCUCCCAGCCUGAAAUGCCUCGUGUACAAUAUGCUCUUAAUUUUAUUUUCUUUCUGGACAAAGAAAUUAAAAACUUUUUACAAAAUCUAAUGUGUUGGCAUUCAAAAUCAAUGCACACUUUAACAGUGUGAAUUUGAAAAUGAGCAAUUCCUUAAGCAGUAAACCUAGGGCAAACUGCAAUGCAACACCAUUUCAUUCUAAUGUGUAGAAAACAGACUGGAUUUUUUUUUAGGAGCUGUAAUAUAACGGACAGACGUCUAUGUACAUAUUUUGCAAAGUUCACUUUACAUUAAGUUGUCCAGGUUCCUGCUGUGCAACUGCUCUGUGCAUUACAGAACAUCACUGCUGCUCCAAGGUACCCUCAGUGUGUUUACUUAUGAGUACUCCUGUGCUCGUUCCUCUGCUGCAUCCUCGUGUGCUUGGAGGGCAGCAGGGGCAGGACAGUGAGUAAGUCUAUACUUGAUCUGUACAAUUACACUCAAGUUAACUUUAAAUUCCAAUUGACCUACACAAAUUUGCAGUGUAACCUGCUUUGCUUCAUUAGCAGGCUGGGUAGUACCACUUAAUGUAAGGUGUUACUUUCCAAUAGCAGAAAGUGAUGUUCUUGUCAUUCUAUUUGCUGUUUAUAUUUGCAGUUCUGUUGAUGUAUGCGGUUCACUGCUGUUGGAUUUAACUUCUUUUAGUAGAAGUGCAUUGGUUAGUUUGAGUCCCUUUUAAAGGAAGAAAAAAAGGGAGAUGAAAACUGACUACUUCAGUUACUUGUUGGUGACCAUUUAAAUUCAGAAGGAAAAAAAAGCUGAAAUAUGAAAUCAUGCCUUUCCAUACACUGUAGCUUUUGUGAGGCAAGAUUGAAUGAAACAAGCUAUUUCUAAGUAGCAGCAUCACACGGGAAGCCAGCAGCAAAACCCCACUGUUGUUCCUGCAGACAAAGAAGAGCAAGAUUUCACCCAAUCUUGAAGAGAUGACAGGAUGUACUUUUUUUUGGCUACUUAAACUUGUAUGAAGAACACUGGUAGUUUUUAUUGAAUUCUGUACAUUUUGGCAGAUGUUUAAUUUCUACUACUAAUCAUUGAAAUAUAAAUGGAUGUUAAAAUUUUUAUGUCUGAAGUUUGAGUCUAUAUUUUGAAGUUGUAAAUAACUCAUUAUCAGUGUAACUUUUGUUUGACAAAAGACUUAUACUGUAUGAAAAAUUGAGAUAAUGAU